AUGGGCCGCAUCGCCUUUUCUCGACUCUCUAUCAUAUCACUUAUAUGCUUGCUCGUUCUCGGCAUAUCAGCCUCGCCAACUCGCACAUAUCCCUCCGAGCGGAUUCGCCGUGACCUUGUCAACCCAUCGAACAUUCCCCAGGGGCAUAACGACACCAUCAUAUGUGUCUACCCCAUCAGUGGGCAAUACGGCUCCCUCCCACGAGUUCUCUACUAUGUGUCACUCGUUGUUGGAAUUGUCGGCCGGUAUCAACAAUGGCUAGUCAUCGGAGCUCUCGCCUCCGCUUUAUCAUACGCUGGCUCCACUGCUAUUCACAUGCUCGCUCUAACGAAAUCGCGCGCGCCGGUUUUUGAUCUAGAUAUUCUUGGUGCGUGGGCGAUACUCACGACCGGAUGCAUGGCCUUUGCGGCUAUGGUACAUUGGUCCUCCGCGCUUCGGCAAUCAGGAGGCAAGCUGGUGAUUGUUUUGUGGGGAGGACUCAUUGGAAUUGGCUGUAUUACCGGUCGAUCCUUGCUUCUCGAUGUUCAUUCCGAUGCGGAGCCCGCGUGUAGGUCUGCUAAUGGAGACCUUUUAACCAGCACUUCCGAGCUCGUCUCUCCACUAUUCAAAUGCACGUAUAAAUGUUUCUCCGCAAAGACGCCCAUGCGGCAAACAAACGAAAUCACCGCUAUACCCACCGACCAGCUUCUCGGAACAUAUGCCAAUCUCGGUGUUGUUCUCAUUGUCCCCAUUAUAGCGGCGGCGCAGAAAUCCGUCGCUUUCAACUGGAGUCAGCAUACCCCUUCGUAUGCUUGCACGGCGAUAGUGAUGACGUGUAUAAAUAGCUCAUUGAACCUACGCCUCUCUCAGAGCACGUACAAUGCCGCCUGUCAAACCUGGUACGGUGGAUACAUCCUUCUAUUCCACUACAUGUGCAAAGCGAAAUUUAAACUUGGCCUCAAAAAAUUCCUUAUGGUAUCAAUCGUCGCUCCCAUUAUGUUUUUUGAUCUAUUCUUCGACCUCGCCGCUCUACCCCUAUUCGUUGCGAACAUCAUAUUCAACGAGCUUAACUUGCUGAAAACCAAUAUCCCCGUGGAAGAAGAAUAUAGUUCUGUGGGCCAGUGGUCGCCGGUCGUGUCUGCAGCAUUGGUGCUAGCGGCCUCCGUAAUCAAUCGAUCCGCCGAAUGGUGGAAGAUGAAGAAACAGCGAAGGCAACGAACAAUGCCGGAACAGGAGGAAAUACAGCUCCCUUCUUGGCCAACAGAUUCACAACAACCACCGCUGAAGCACACUAUUUAUCCCGGUCAACAGGAAAGCGGUGUUGUGAUCCGGGAACUAACACCACAGGAAACACUUAGGAUUGAUUCAUUGGAGCACGAGCCAUUGCCGCAAGCUCUCGUUCGUGAACACAGAUUUGUAUAA